AUGGAUGUCGUGCAGGCCGUGUCAGGAUACAUCUCGAAGAUGGUAUCUGCUGGGGAUAGCGCUUCAGGGACCCCUUCGGCGAAGAUGAAAAUCUUGCUAUUGGACAGCGAUACUGUGUCCAUUGUGUCAACCGCAAUCACGCAGUCCGCGCUGCUGAACCACGAGGUCUACCUCAUCGAUCGAUUAGACAAUCAGAACAGGGAGAAGAUGCGACAUCUCCGAUGCUUAUGUUUUGUACGACCCUCGCCGGAUUCGAUCCAGUUUCUCAUUGAUGAGUUUCGAGAGCCAAGGUAUGGGGAAUACAACAUAUACUUCAGCAACGUGGUCAAGAAAUCUUCCUUAGAACGUCUAGCGGAGGCGGACGACCACGAGGUUGUGAGAGUGGUACAGGAGCAUUUCGCUGAUUAUAUCGUGGUCAAUCCGGAUUUGUUCACACUGGAUCUAGGAUUUCCCAGGCAGCGGAUAUGGAGUUCAAAUCCGGAUAUGUGGAACACAGAUGCAUUGCAACGCACUACAGAAGGCCUUCUCGCGGUGUUGCUAUCGUUGAAAAAGAAGCCAUUGAUUCGAUACCAAAAGAAUAGCCUGCUGGCCAAGAAACUGGCAACAGAGGUGCGAUAUCACAUUGCUCAGGAGGAUCAGUUGUUCGACUUUCGAAAGGUGGAUACCCCUCCGAUAUUAUUGAUACUGGAUCGAAGAGAUGAUCCUAUCACACCCUUGUUGACACAAUGGACAUAUCAAGCUAUGGUUCACGAACUUCUCGGCAUUCGCAAUGGCCGGGUGGAUUUAAGUGAGGUCCCGGAUAUUAGACCUGAGCUGAAGGAGGUAGUUUUGUCACAGGAUCAGGAUCCAUUCUUCAAGAAGAACAUGUUUCUGAAUUUCGGCGAUCUUGGUGGUAAUAUCAAGGAUUAUGUUGAGCAGUAUCAGUCGAAGACAAAAAAUAGCUCCAACAUAGAAUCAAUAGCAGAUAUGAAGCGCUUUAUCGAGGAGUACCCCGAGUUCCGGAAACUCUCUGGUAAUGUGAGCAAGCACGUUACCAUCGUGGGCGAACUGAGCAGGAAAGUGGGCGCAGAAAAUCUGCUUGAAGUCAGUGAGGUGGAGCAGAGUCUGGCAUGCAACGACAACCACGCUAGCGAUCUCAAGAGUGUCCAAAGACUCAUACAGUCGCCGGCGGUCACAUCUGAUAGCAAACUCCGCUUGGUUGCUCUUUACUCCUUGCGUUAUGAAAAACACCCCUCGAAUGCUCUGCCAGUGUUGGUCGACUUGUUGGGAGCAGCCGGCAAUGUUCCCCAGCGGCGUAUUGACCUAAUCGCAAAGCUUUUGAUAUACCAUUCAUCCUUGCAACAGACGCAAUCCCCUGGUGGUAUCUCUGACAUGUUUGAGUCUGCCGGGAUAUUUUCAGGUGCUCGAGACCGAUUUAAGGGGCUCAAGGGGGUAGAAAAUGUGUAUACGCAGCAUUCACCGCGUCUUGAGCUGACACUACAGAAUCUGAUUAGAGGGAGGCUGCGCGAUCAACAGUACCCUUUCGUUGAAGGCGGCGGUUCCACUCGAGACAAGCCCCAAGACAUCAUCGUGUUUAUUGUUGGGGGGGUCACUUUUGAGGAGGCCAAAAGUGUGUCUCAAAUAAACGCUUCGUCACCGGGCGUAAGAAUUGUGCUGGGCGGGUCCAGCGUGCACAACAGCACUACAUUCCUCGAGGAGGUGGAGGACGUCGUCUCCUCUUGGCCAGAGCCUGCACCUACAUCUGCAGCUGGAAGAUUAAGAAAGGAGACGGGGUUACGGUAA